GCGUCCCUGCAGCAGAGCUGGGCGGGCGGCGCGCGUGCCCCGGAGCCGCGCGCGAGAGAGCGUCGGGGAGCGUUCAUGGAACCAGCGAAGAUGGACGGAGUGGGAUCGUUCGGAGCGGGCCGCGCCGGGUCCACUGUCGACCCAAUCAGCUUCGCCAAACAGCCACAGACCAUCCUCAGAGCCUUGUCGUGGAUCUUCUCGCUGGUGGUCUUCGCCUCCAUCGUGAACGAGGGCUACGUGAACAUAGGCAGCGAACGUCUCUACUGCAUCUUCAACAAAAAUGCGGACGCAUGCAACUACGGUGUGUUCGUGGGCCUGGUGGGCCUGCUGGCCUGCUCCUUCUUCCUGCUACUCGACUACAAAUUCUCUUCUAUCAGCUCCGUCAAAGACCGCAAGAAGGCGGUCAUGCUUGAGAUCGGCUUCUCAGGUUUCUGGGCCUUCUUGUACUUUGUAAGUUUCUGCUUCCUGGCCAACCAGUGGUCUCGAACAACGACCGAUGAGCUGCCCCUCAACCAGGGCGCGGAUGCAGCUCGGGCUGCAAUUGCCUUCUCUUUCUUCUCCAUCAUCACUUGGGCUGGUCUUACAGUGCGGGCGGUGCAGAAGUACCUGCUGGGCACUGACAUGACCCUGUUCACCUCAGAGCACCUGGAGAGCGCAGUCCCCACCCAGCCGUGCCCAUCCAACUCACCAGGAGGAGGGGGCACCACAGAGCCUACAGAGACCUACCAAAACCCUCCGUUUACAGAGAACAAUGCGGCGCCCACAUACCAGGUUCCCAUUUACUAGAGAAGCUAGAUAGGAAACGUUGAUGUGACGGGAAAUCAAAUACAAUUGCUAUCUGUCAUGGUGCACUUGCAAUCAACGUGGGCAGAAUUUUCAGUGAGAUUACAAGAAUAAUCUACUCUUUUGUUUCCUCCUCUUGUUGUUUUCGUGAGCAUUCCAGCUUCAUCUGCACUUUUCUAGACUCACUUGCACGCAGAUUAGGAUAAGAAUAAAGAAAAUCAAAAACAGAAAACAAGAGGAGGUACCAUAGAAGACGAGGCCGUUUUGCAUUAUUCACACACAAAAUAGGAUAUCAUCACAUAAGCAGUAUGACAAAAAGCACCUUCACUUGAAAUCUAAACUAUUCCCUCUCAUGCCAAACUGUCCUGGGGAAUGUUUUUAUUUAUUCCAUUUCAAUUUGUUUUCUUUUCCUCGCGCUGCAGUUAAACAGUGUGUAUCGAAUCUGCAUGUUUCCAAAUGUAGAGAUAGCAACUCAAGUGCCAUACUGUACUGACAGUGACUUAACUGAGUAGAUUUACACAUGCUGAACAUCAUCAUCACGACGACAAUGUUUUUGUGACUAAGUGCAAUAUCUCACAUUCUCAUGCAGAUUGCUGUGUACUAUGCUGUACUGUGGUGUAAGUCGACUACGAUGCGGUGACUAUACAAAGUGAACCUACGUUCAGAUAUUUUGGGAAAAAGAUAAUGUGACCUAUAAUCAGUACAAAUGAAUAAAGUUAUUCAUGUUUGUUUCACGCAAGUGUUAUCUUGAGGGUGUGAAAAUUGGUUUUGAAUUCGCUUAUUGCACAUUAUAUACAGUGGGUAUAAAAAGUCUACACACCCCUGUUCAAAUCCCAGGUUUUUGUGAUCUAUAAAAAAUUAGACCAAGAUAUUGUAAAUCACUCCCAAGCUUUUUCCACCAUUAAUGUGACCAAUAAUGUGCACGUCGAAAUCAAAUGUGGGAAAAUGUUUUAUGGUCUGAAAAAAAACAAGGUUUACAUUUUUGGUCGUUAUUCCAAAAGGUAUAUUUGCCGCAAAAACACGACACUGCUCAUCACUAAAACAGUGCCAGUGAAGCAUAGUGGUGGCAGCAUCGUGGCAGUCAGUGUUAGCACAAAACCUUUAGGAUUCUGAUGGAGAGCAAAGAAUGACUGAAAAAGCUUACUAGAACAUCUGAACUUCAUUUGGGAUUAAUCAGAGGGACUUUGUAUGGUGGCAGGUAUGUGCCGCAUCCCAUUUAACAUGUGUUAAUUCUGAACACAGCCACAUCCCAGUUAUAAGCGGGUGUGCACACUUGUGCAGCCACAUUAUUUCAGUUGUUUAUAUUUACUUCCCCUCUUUAACAGAUUUAAUUUUUUAAUAUGAGUUGUACAGGUUUUAGGUAAAAUUAAUGGUGUAAAAGGUUUUCAAAUGAUUUAUUUUGGUGUCAUUUUUUUAACAGGGGUGUGUGUACUUUUUAUAUCCACUGUAUAUAGUGUAAAAUAAAAUAAGCCAAAGUAGAAUCAUAAUAUCAUGGAAAACUAUUUCAGUAGUUCAAUUCAAAAAAGGAAUUUCAUGUUAUAUAAAUUAACUACCCACAGUGUAGAAUACUUUCUGAUUUAAAUUUGUAUAAUGUUGAUGAUUAUUGCUGAUAGAUAAAAACUCAUCAUUCAAACAAUCACAAUUAUUUUUCAUAUGAAAAUUAAGCAGGAAUUGACUUUAUGAAAAAUAUUAUAGCUACGUGUUUAAUAAAUCUAGAAUAUGAGAUUCACUUUGGGAAUGUUCUUCUGUGAUAUUCAAAUUUAUUGAGAUGUACCUGUAUAUAGCCACCAUAACAAAAUGGUAUCUUUUCAAUUGUAAAGGAAUGGUUAUAUGUCACAUUAUCUUUUGCGUAAAGUUCAUUUUUAUUUUAACAUUUUCACUUUCUGCAUAUCCACUGUUGAUCAAUCACAGGCUCUGUCUCAAAUGACACACAGACACACACACACUAUUCAGCUUUGAAUUGUACUAAUAAACCUCAGGCAAAUUUGACUUGUAGAACUUGCAUUCUAUUCAUGCUUUAAAUCAAUAUUUAUUAUUGUCAUAGAUGUAAUGGUGAAAUACAACAUAUUUCUCCCUGAUUGAGAUGGACUCCACCCAAAUGUACGUGUAUGAUUUUCUGUACCAGGGAAUGUACGUAGUGUGUCAUUUGAGACAGCGUCCUAUGUUGAAUGAAAGAAUCUUUUGUACGUCAGGUGUGUUUCUGUUUACUUUUUAGAAGCUGCCAAACUGCCCUAUGUUCUUAUGAAUCUUUUCUUGAUUUUGAACGCAUUACUGUUGUCUGUUUACGGGGGAUCCCGACUUAGGUCAGGGAGAGGAUGUAGUGGUCCCAUGCCAAAUCUCUGUUGGUGUUCUGUUGCCAUGGCGAAAGAGGCAUAGGGGUGGCUAAACCAUGAUUGACCCUGGCGCCGCCAGAAAAUCUUCCGCCCCUGGUGACAGCCAUGUGUGUAUGCUUGUAUGUGAAUGAGUUCAAAAUGUUGCUGUGUUACACUUCUUUUUAAUAAUAAUAAUAAUAAUAAUAAUAAUAACAUUACUACAAUAAUCAUCAUGUUCCCAAAAAUAGAACUGUUCUGCCAAAUUUAAGUUUUUCCCCUACUAGCGUGUAAGCCUUGCCUGUGCUGAAUUUGCUCCUGUGCAACAGCACCCUCUGCUGAACAGAUCUGGUACUGAUGCAAUGGGACAACUAGGGCUCUCUUUUAAAAGUAACCAUAAUAGGAAAAUGCAUGAUAUUAUUGUAUAAAGCUAACAAUGUAAAGUGACAACAACAUCCAUUAAGUUACUCAUUUUGCUAACAAUCACAGGUUAUUAGGUUAUGCGUAUCAAUCUGCUCCAAUCCCAAAAAGUGAUGUUAUCACAACUGCAUGACGCUGCUGUGUGAGCUUCAGGGGGAAACUGUCCCACAGUGUUUUAUUUCCUGUAAGGCUCUGCGAUGAAAAUGGGACAUAGAUUCUUUUAGUGGCACAGCCUGCUGACUCUUUAUUCAAUUUCAACGUCACUGAUGUGACAAUCACAUCAAUUGUGUCCCAACGAAAGCAAACAACUAAAAAUGACCAGUGAGGUCAACGGCUCACAAAGAUGCACGAGAUGGCAUUUAUAAUCAUGUAAGCUUUUGAGACAAAUGAGAAAUCAGUGGCCUUCAUUCAGUAAAUUGCAUUGUUUUCUAUUUCCAGGAAGGAUUCAGGUCAGAUUUUUACACGAUUCACCAAGUUGUCAGUGGGAAGUUCGUUUUUGGUCAAAGUAUAUGUACUACUGUAUCCGCUAGCAUUAUUUCCUGGCAUUGAUACAAAUGGAUAAAAGAUGCAAAACCCAACGCUUCUGGUAUAUUUUAGGUCAAUGUCCAAUUAUAUUUUAUAGUGGAUGUGGGGAACAUACUGGUGGUUGUUCAUGUUGAAAGUGUGUACAGCGAAUAUAACUGCCAACUAAAUGCUGAUGCAUGUUUUUACUGUAUUGCCUCAUAUAAUGGCCAUCCCUCUAAUUCAAUGUUUCCCAACAUUUAUUGAGCCGAGGCAACCAUUUUACAUUAGAAAACUGACAGCACACCACCCCCCCCCCCAAAAAAAAUGUCACAAAAAGUACUAAAGAGAUUUUUUUUUUCAAAUACAUUAUACAUGUCUGAAGAUAAUUGCUGAAAACGUGCAGACUGAGAACUAUAAAUAUAUAUACUGUAAAAAAAGUUGAGAUAUAAUGUUAAAUUGUGCAACUGCAAUGGGCAGUUAGCUCGCUACCUAUGCCUAUACCCCUAAAAUAUAUUUUCCCUUCAGAUAGGCUGCCAGCGUGGCUGCUUUAGAACGCCUCGUUGUCGGCCAUGAGUGCACGCACGUCACGGAGAGAAGGUGGAGGAGCAAGGGGGCCGGGGGAAAGUCAGACGUCACAGCCAGCGAGUGUACGAGGGCUUCACGCUGGUGUGGUAACUUUAAAGCGCCUCGUUGUCACAGCGUGGAUAAGGUUAUAUUCCCCCCGGAGGCUUUGAGUGGAUAUACAGUAUUUUUGUGGCUCAAACAUAUAGUUAUGUGUAAGCAUACGACAGAUGCCAAACGAAGAAGCAUUAAUUUUUCCAGGUCCUAAUGGUACUGUUUGAUUGACAGUUGAGUGAGGCGUGAUUUCAGCGGACACACCCACAGCAUUUGAGAGUAGAGAGAAUGGCUUGAUUUUUCACGAUUUUGAAACCUCUAUUUAAAUACUUGAUUUUUUUUUUUUUUAAUCAUUAAAACUGGGCAGUGUUGUGAACAACUCUUCUCUGUAAUGUGUCAAAUUUAGAAAACACUUAUUUUCACUUUACAAGGACUUACAUUGUUUUUUAAAAGAAUAUCUAUGUCCAAAUAAAGGCUUCCGCCUGAAUAGAUGCUUUCCUCGUCUGCAGUUGAGUAAAUAAAUCCCCCCGCCCACUAUUUGCAUAAAUAUGGUAAAUUGAUUUCCUAACUUUCAAACAGCUAGUGUUAUCAGUUUUGCUGUUAAAAUAUCAACAAAAAUAUCAGGAAAUCGAUUUAAUAGCCAAUGUAGAAGCAGUAGAGUAAUGCAAAGUGUGGGUGGGGGUGACUGAUGCUCGGGUCAGGUAGUAUUGUUAUUCUCUUUUUCAGUCAGUGUGGUAGAUUUUAAAAAAUAUACUAAGUCCAACAUUCUCUGUGUUUUGUGCUCUGGCCCAUGUACACUGCUCUAGUGCUGGUUGAUUGUACAAUUCAGUAUGUUAAUUUAAGUAAAUAGAACAUGUAUGUAAUGAUGUCCAGGGUCUGGUUUGUCCUGUACUCCUUUUGAGAAAAAAUACUGUAUAUAUAUAUAUGAAAAAAUAUUCUGAACUAGAAUGCACUCUUAUUCAGAAAUACUUUCAGCACUCUUAAAUGGGCCAUGGACACAAAAAUUAAAGUCUGUGAUCAUACUGUCGUUUUGUCGGACUGAGAUAUAAUAAAAGUGAUAUGUAGUGAUGCUGGUGCUGUUAAUUGUGAGGGUUCCAGUAUAAUUCUUUGCAUGGAUGUUACGAUUUUUCCGUCAAAUUGAGGAUAAAAAUCAAAAGCCCAUAAACAAGUGAGUUUUCAUUUUAGCGUGCUUCCCUUUUAUGAUGUCAUUUUUUUGUUGUUGUUGUUUUGACAGUGUUAGACUUCUAUGUAAAAAAGAAAAGAAAAAGAAAGAACACUGUGUACAGCCAAGUGUCACCUGUCUAUUUCGUGAAUGUCUCUGCAGUCUGAGCAUCACUCCCAAUAAUAAUAAUAAUUAAAAAAAAGACAACUAAA